GGUACCAGCCUUUUCUUCCUGCCCCCUCCAGCCGCCCUGCCCUUUGCCAUCCUGACGCUCGUGAAUGCCCCGUACAAGCGUGGAUUCUACUGUGGAGAUGACUCCAUCCGGUACCCCUACCGUCCGGACACCAUCACCCACGGGCUCAUGGCCGGGGUCAUCAUCUCAGCCACCACCAUCCUUGUGUCGGCCGGGGAGGCCUACCUGGUGUACACGGACCGCCUCUACUCCCGCUCCGACUUCAACAACUACCUGGCCGCGAUCUACAAGGUGCUGGGGACAUUCCUAUUCGGGGCUGCAGUCAGCCAGUCACUGACAGAUCUGGCCAAAUACAUGACUGGCCGCCUGCGGCCCAACUUUCUGGCAGUGUGUGACCCCGACUGGAGCCGUGUCAACUGCUCGGUGUACGUGCAGGCGGAGGUGUGCAGAGGAAGCCCUGCUAACAUCACCGAGUCCAGCUCUAUGUGCAGGCUCGGCUCCGCUGGAAGUGGGCGCGGCUGCUGCGGCCCACCGUGCAGUUCUUCCUGGUGGCCUUCGCCCUGUACGUGGGCUACACCCGCGUGUCUGACCACAAGCACCACUGGAGCGAUGUUCUCGUCGGCCUCCUGCAGGGGGCACUGGUGGCCGGCCUCACUGUCCGAUACAUCUCUGACUUCUUCAAAGCCCGGCCCCCACAGCACUGCCCAGAGGAGGAGGACAUCGAGCGGAAGCCCAGCCUCUCACUGACACUGACUCUGGGCGAGGCUGACCGCAACCACUACGGGUACCCGGUCUCCUCCUCCUGAGGCCGGGAGCCGUUCCCAGCUGGGGCUCAGGCUGUGGUCAGCAUGUCUGUGGUCCUGGCAGGCCCUUCACCUGGGAUGGUGAUGAGGGCUCUGGCAGGCUCCAGGUGCCCCAGGCUGGCUCCCCGGGGCGGGUUCCACUAACCCCACCUCCUGAGACGGGACCAGGGGCCUGGGGUGCCUGGGGCAGCCCUAGAGUUUGGAGGAAGACCGUGUUCUCAGGACCCCCUUCGUUUGUGGGGUUAGGGAAGGGACUGAGAAAUCCCCGUGGAUGCUGUUUUUGUAAAAUGGAUUAUGUAUGUGGAUUUUUAGUAAAGUAGGGCGUUCGGUUGACAAAUGUUAUCAGCACUUCUGUUUCGUACGGCCGUUCUGAGGACCACUUUCCUUCAGCAGAGGCGGGGACCCUCUUUUGUCGGGGCUCUGCUGAGCUCAGCUGUGGGAGUAGCUGGUCAGUCAGCGAGGCCUGUGGUCGCUGCUCUGGGCACAUUUGGCAGGAGGUCAGUGGAAAGAAGCACCGACUACCCGUUGCUCUCUCAGGAGGCCCAGCAUUGCAGCUGGGGGUCGGGCGGACCUGCACAAGUAGCGGGGGUGAGGGGGGCGGUCACACUGCGGAGAGAGCCCUGAGCAGGAGAUGCCUGCAGUUGCUCGUAUCCCGGAGGGCCAGGAGUAGGAGAGUCCUGAGACCCAAGUCGGAGAGGUCUUACAGCUCUUCUGUCCUCCCAGGAAGUUUCCCUCUCCCGAGGGCCCCUACAGGACCUGCCCCCAAGGCCCCACCCACACAGGCCCUGUGCCCACCCGUAGCUCCCCCGCCUCCCCGCCAGGCCCCCGGAUGUGAGCACUGGGGUAGAAAUUCAGAUGUGGGUAAGCGUAUGGCCAGAGGAGCCUGAGCCCUCACCCGCACCCCCAGAGGAUGCACGCAGGGCUGUGUCUGAGUCCAGGGAGAUGGCAGCUCACCGGGGCUUUGCCAGGUGGAGCCUUUGCGUGGUUGCAAUUGGAAAGAUCACGCACGGGGUUUUGGCCUGGAACCAGGCUCAUUGUCCCCUUUCUACUCAGGAUAUACCCCCUCCCUGCACCGAAGCCUCAGAUCGCCUCCCCUCAAGUGACCGGGACCCCUGCCCUUGGAUCGUUCCGUAUCAGCAGGGCCCACCAGCACCGGCACACACUGGAUUUCCAGGGUGCCCAGUUUGUCCACUUCCUGUGUUCCCAGAGGACUCACCACAGCUGAAACUCCCCCGCCCUGACCCCUUGUCUCUGGUUCCAUGGACCCUGGUGCAGGUGGAGCUUCAAAAAUGGGUCCACUGUCCUCUGCCCUGGAAUGGGGACUCCUCACUCACCACUCACAGAAGUGAAUGUCAGGGAAGCAACAUAGAUAAGGCCUCACACCAACCUCUAGGAAUAUUUUCUAAACAGGAAAAAUGUGUUCAAACCCCAGUGUGGGGAAGACUUUUGUAACUGGGAAAGCAGUGAAGAGGAGGGAAGUGGGGCCCAGGCCAGAGCAGAGGGCCAGGAGGUGGGACAGACACUGUGUGCCCGGAAAUGUCUAAGGUGACAUUGGAGCUUCUGAAGCUGAUCGCUGAUGGCUGGUGUCCCUGGAGCCACUGCAGGACAUACAGAGCUUACCUUUUCUCUCAGAGUGUAAGUGGUAACUUAAACUUUUCACCAAGUAUCUGUGCAAAAUGGGUUACUUAUUUUUUAAUGUCUGUUUCUGUUUUAUUUGCACCCAGAACCUGUCUUACUCCAUACCCCUUGCAGGUGUGCCUGUCUGGUCUUAGUGGAUUUCUGCAGCACCUGGGGGCAAAGAGGCAGCCUAGCAGCCCUGCACUGGAGGCCAAGAUGGAGAAGACCCCCGUGGCCGCUGUGACGUCCCCUGGGCCGCUCCAGACGGGGAGGCAACUGACCCAGACACUGCAGAGCAGCAGAACGCGGAAGGUCAGGAACUUGGUUUCCUUGAAGUAUCAGGCAGAUUCCUGGACAGGAAAGCCACUGUGAAGCUCCCUGGGGCCAAAGAGCCCGGUGUCCCAGGACACAGCUGGAGACGGGGAUGCGUCCUCAUUGCACUCGAGGAGGACACGUCCAGGCUUGGAGUGUGGCUGUGUCAGUGAAGGGGAAGGAGUGCCCGGGCAGAUUCCAUGGAGAGUCAGCUGAGUCAGGGAGCAGAUGAGACUGACCCCAGCCAGUGCCUCGCCCUCUUCCCAGGAGCAGUGACCCUGAAAGCCAAGGCCACAGUGAUGGUUUCGGCCCACAUGUGGAAUAGGCCACUGUAAACGCUACUCCCAGUGUGGAUUGUGGGGGACACGGGCUGCGCUGGUGCAGGCAGGGAGCAGUCAAGAGCAGAAGAAGUGCAGGAGGAGGGGAAAGAGGAGGAUGCAACCGAGAGCCCGGGUACUGCUGAUCGUGGGAGAGCCGGUGCUGCACAAAGACCCCCGGCAGCACAGCUGUGAGGGCGGAGGGGGAGAGGGCAGGCCUGGCUGGAGCCGCCCCUGGAAGCCCAAAAGCUCACAGCCUCUGGGGGCAGCGUCCUCUCGUACUGUUUGAGUGCUGGACGCUCUGGUCUGUGUCUGAUGAGAAAAGCAGGGAUGCAAGGUCUGAGAUCCAGUAGUUCCUACAGAUCUGAGUGUCAGUGUGUGGUCAUGUUCAUGUUGAAAGGUUAGGACGUAUUGGUUCACCCCAGCAAGGCUGCAUGGAAGCGCUCAUGCCUAAUCUUAGGUUUGCACCAUCUAUGGUUCUAGGGAAAAUUUGUGUUUUCUCUUUUCCCUUUCACUCGUGGCAGGCACUUAGUUGAUUCUCAUGGGAAACCCCUAGAUUCUUAGCCAUGUAAAUGUCAUUUCUCGAUGACAUUCCCUUGAUGCCCAACGUCCCCACCUUCUCAUGUUAACUGGCUUCGAAAACACCUCUAACUAAGCAUUGAACGGUAUGCGGGAAGUUCUGGUGUUGAGGUUGUAGGUGCAGCAUGUGCUGUGGUUUUAUAGGGAGUCGUGCUCGCUUUUUUACAGGUACAUACUGAAGUAUACUGGAGCGAAAUUUUGUAAUAGUUAUGACCUAUAGUAUUUCACAGUACAGAAAUAUGAAGCAAAUGUUGCACGAUGUAGUAAUUGUUAAAGCCUGCACAUUUGUGAAUAGGAACCCAUUAUGACACUCUUUUUACUGUAUUUUGGAAAUAUUUAUAUGAACUGAAAACUGGAAAGCUCUGCCUAAGUAAACCUUCCUAAGUUGAAAAA